CUAGGGUGGUGGAACGCCGGGCGGUCAGACUGCCUGACUGGCUGGUUUGGGCGUCUGGGCGGCGAAGGUAGGACUGCCUGUCCCGGGCGGCACGUUGCCCCUCUCCAGCUAACUGCAUUAUACCAUGUACCCCAGAACCCGGGGACCGCGAGCCGGUCUUGCUUAGUGAAGACGCGGCCCCCCAGCCUUUAGUCCACGGGCAUCUCAGCCCGCUCCUCUGUCGCUGGAGAACGCCCGGGUUGAGCAGCUGGGAGAAGCAGGCCAGAGCCUUCUAGGGCCUUGGGCCCGGGGACCCAAGGAGGAUGAGCUGGCUCUUUCCCCUAACCAAGAGCGCUUCCUCCUCCGCAGCUGGGUCUCCCGGUGGCCUCACCAGCCUCCAACAGCAGAAGCAGCGCUUGAUCGAGUCCCUCCGGAACUCACACUCCAGUAUAGCUGAAAUACAGAAAGAUGUGGAAUACAGAUUGCCAUUUACUGUAAACAACCUGACAAUUAACAUUAAUAUAUUACUUCCUCCACAAUUUCCUCAGGAAAAACCAGUGAUCAGUGUUUAUCCACCAAUACGGCAUCAUUUAAUGGAUAAGCAAGGAGUGUAUGUUACUUCUCCAUUAGUAAGCAAUUUUACAAUGCAUUCAGAUCUUGGGAAAAUUAUUCAAAGUCUGUUGGAUGAGUUCUGGAAGAAUCCUCCAGUAUUAGCUCCUGCUUCAGCAGCAUUUCCAUACCUGUACAGUAACCCAGGUGGGAUGCCUCCUUAUGCUUCUCAGGGCUUUCCAUUUCUUCCUCCAUAUCCUCCACAAGAAGCUAACAGGAAUAUCACUUCUUUGUCUGUUGCUGACACUGUUUCUUCUUCAACAUCAAGUUAUACCACAGCCAAGCCUGCUGCUCCUUCAUUUGGUGUCCUUUCAAGUCUGCCAUUACCUGUUCCCACAACGGACACUUCAGCACCGAUAAGCCAAAAUGGUUUUGGUUAUAAGAUGCCAGAUGUUCCUGAUGCAUUUCCAGAACUCUCAGAAUUAAGUUUAUCACAACUCACAGAUAUGAAUGAACAAGAGGAAGUAUUGCUAGAACAGUUCCUGACUUUGCCUCAGCUGAAACAAAUUAUUACAGACAAGAAUGACUUGGUAAAAAGUAUUGAGGAAUUAGCAAGAAAAAAUCUCCUUUUGGAACCUAGCUUGGAAGCCAAAAGGCAAAUUGUUUUAGAUAAGUAUGAAUUACUUACACAAAUGAAAUCUACUUUUGAAAAGAAGAUGCAGAGGCAGCAUGAACUUAGUGAGAGUUGUAGUGCAAGUGCCCUACAGGCAAGAUUGAAAGUAGCUGCACAUGAAGCUGAAGAAGAAUCUGAUAAUAUCGCUGAAGAUUUCUUGGAAGGAAAAACUGAAAUAGACGAUUUUCUCAGUAGCUUCAUGGAAAAGAGAACAAUUUGCCACUGUAGAAGAGCCAAGGAAGAGAAACUUCAACAGGUGAUAGCAAUGCACAGCCAAUUUCAUGCUCCACUAUAGAUUUUCCUGAAAACGUGAACUGCCAAGAGGAAAAUGGAACAUAAAACUUAAGCACAUUGUUUUAUAUUUAUGAUUUGCAAAUUGGCAUUUCAUCAUGGGGGCUGAAUUCAGAUAUACUAUAUAGAUUGUACACAGAACUGAGACUGAUUUUGUAUAGAUCAAAAUGAUUGCUAUGAUCUUUGCUUUGGGAAAAUUUUCUGCACUAUUUGCACUAAAAAUGUUUAUUUAUUGUUGAUAAACUCUAUCAUUUAAGUUCUGCUGCUAUUCCUCUUAUUAUUGAUUAAAUGCCUAUGCAUGUAAUUUUAGCUAGUUUUCAGUACUUUAUAAAACAUUUAAAUUUGUAGUUUUAAUUCAAAGCUGCCUCAUUUCUUUAUCAAGAACGGUGUGCUAUUUAGAUUAUUUUCCUCUCAACCUUUUUUGAAGAAAUUUUCAACUGUGGAAAGACUUUUCUCUUUUUUUCUUUCUUUCUUUCUUUCUGGAUGAUAAAACUUUCAAGGGCAAAUUGUUUUUAAUAUUCAUAGUGUCAGGAAACAUCAGACCUGACAAUGUGCCAUCUCAAGUAAGUAACUUUUAAUACCAACAAUAAAUCAAAAGAGUAAACCA